AGGCGGUCGUUAUGGAUCCAGUCAGCGUCUGACGAGGCAGGGUUUGGUGGAGCGGCGGCCGCACAGGCACCCACCCCGCCUGCCCACGGUGCCCAGACCGAUCCGCAGGCGUUGCCUGCGGCGCCUCGCACUCUGAUUGGACGCGAGCAGCGCGGGCGCCAAGACAACGGCGCCGCCAGCCCAGCGCGAGCUCGAGCGGCGGCCCGACUGCGCGACUCGCGGGGUUAUCCCAUUUGGAAGACAGUAAUCAUGACAGCCGAGGAGACUAUAAAUGUUAAAGAGGCAGAAAUAAUCAAGCUAAUCCUGGAUUUUCUUAAUUCAAGAAAACUCCAUAUUAGCAUGCUAUCUCUUGAGAAAGAGAGUGGUGUCAUAAAUGGACUAUAUUCAGAUGACAUGCUUUUCCUCAGGCAGCUAGUGCUUGAUGGUCAUUGGGAUGAAGUGCUUCAGUUCAUCCAGCCUCUAGAGUGCAUGGAAAAGUUUGAUGGAAAAAGGUUCCGGUACAUUAUAUUGAAGCAAAAGUUUUUGGAGGCUUUGUGUGUCAACAAUGCAGUGUCAGCAGAUGAUGAACCUCAACAUCUGGAGUAUACAAUGCAAGAGGCUGUGAAGUGUCUCCAUGCAUUAGAGGAAUAUUGCCCCUCCAAGGAAGACUACAGCAAACUCUGCUUACUGCUUACCCUUCCGCGGUUAACAAACCAUGCAGAAUUUAAGGAUUGGAACCCCAGCACUGCUCGUGUCCAGUGCUUUGACGAGGCCUGUGUUAUGGUGGCAGAGUUCAUCCCUGCUGACAGAAAGCUGAGUGAAGCUGGUUUCAAAGCCAGCAAUAACAGACUGUUUCAACUUAUCAUUAAAGGUUUACUAUAUGAGUCAUGUGUAGAAUUCUGUCAGAGUAGAGCCACUGGUGAAGAAAUCAGCGAGAGUGAAGUACUGCUUGGAAUUGAUUUACUCUGUGGAAAUGGGUGUGAUGAUCUUGAUUUGAGUCUUCUCUCAUGGCUUCAAAAUUUGUCACCCAAUACUUUCUCCUGUGCCUUUGAACAAAAGGUUUUGAAUAUUCAUACAGACAAACUUGUGAAACCCACAAGGUGUUCAUACACUGAUAUUUUAACACCCCUAAUUAAUAAGUUGUCUCCUUAUCCAUCAUCUCCAAUGAGGCGACCACAGUCUGCUGAUGCAUACAUGUCACGUUCCUUGAACCCUGCGUUGGAUGGCCUGUCCUAUGGACUAACUAGUCAGGAGAAACGCAAUGCUGAUUUAGUAAACAGAAGCUCUCCAAUGUCUCAUUCAUUUGCUAAUUUUCAUUAUCCCGGCACACAAAAUCUUUCAGAAGUCUCUUGCUGGAAAACAACGGAUUGUCAUAGCAUAUAUGAGGAAUCACCAGAAAGGACAGAUUCGCCAGUGCCAAGAGCUCAGCAUUCUACUGGUAGUGGUGAAACCUCAGUUCGGGAUGAAGCAUCCCUAUGCAAUUCGAUAGAAGCAACAUCGAAUUCAACUACCCCAAAAGUGGAGAAGAAUGAGCUGAGGGAAUCUACAGAUCAAUUUCAGGAGUACUGUCGACAGCGAAUGCGCUACCAACAGCAUCUGGAGCAAAAGGAACAACAAAGACAACUAUACCAGCAGAUGUUAUUGGAAGGAGGAGUCAAUGAAGAAGAUGGAGCAGCCCAGCAACAGAACCUCACAGAGCAGUUCCUCAGCAGAUCAAUGCAAAAACUGGAAGAACUGAAUCUAGGAAUGGACAAUGUUAGCACAGAGGCACAGUCUGCUAAUCAACAAUGUAAUGGAAACCAGCCAAGUAUGCAAAAUGACUCUUCAGCUACCAAUUUUGUAACACCUCUUGAAGUUCAUCAGCAAAAUUCAGGAUUAUCUGAUGGCACAAGUACUCCAAUUAAACCCAACACAGGAAAUGCAUUUCCUUAUUCUGAGACAUCUUCAUUCUUUUCUAAGGCAGAUUCUUCUGCUUCAACAGAUCUUACAAUAAGCCCACCAAUGGCAGAAAACGUUUCCGUCGGUGGAAGUGGCACAAAGUAUGAAGAGGAAGAUAGAUCCAAAAAGCAGUUCAUUGCCAUUAAUACUCUUGAAGAUACUCAAGCCAUAAGAGCAGUAGCAUUCCAUCCAAGUGGAACACUCUAUGGUGGUUCAAAUACCAAAACCUUGCGAGUUUGUGCGUACCCAGACAUUAUUGACCCAAGUGCAUACAGUUCACCUAAGCAACCUCUAGAAUUUAAAAGGAACAAGCACCACAAAGGUUCAAUUUAUUGUGUGGCCUGGAGUAAGUGUGGACAACUGUUAGCAACUGGAUCAAAUGACAAAUAUGUGAAAGUGCUGCCGUUUAGUGCAGAGACAUGCAAUGCUACAGGUCCUGAUCUGGAGUUUAGCAUGCAUGAUGGUACAAUCCGUGAUCUUGCUUUUAUGGAAGGCCCAGAAAGUGGAGGAGCGAUCUUAAUCAGUGCGGGUGCUGGAGAUUGUAAUAUUUACACUACAGACUGUCAGAGGGGCCAGGGAUUGCAUGCACUCAGUGGACACACUGGUCAUAUUCUUGCACUAUAUACAUGGGGAGGAUGGAUGAUUGCAUCUGGCUCACAAGACAAGACUGUAAGAUUCUGGGAUUUGAGAGUGCCAAGUUGUGUCCGUGUUGUUGGAACAGCAUUUCAUGGAUCGGGCAGCGCUGUUGCUUCUGUGGCUGUAGAUCCAAGUGGACGACUUCUAGCUACAGGUCAGGAGGAUUCCAGCUGCAUGCUGUAUGAUAUUCGAGGAGGGAGAGUGGUACAAAUUUACCAACCACACACUAGUGAUGUACGUUCAGUGAGGUUCUCUCCAGGAGCUUACUAUCUACUUACAGGAUCUUAUGACACCACUGUAAAAGUUACAGAUUUGCGAGGAGAUCUAAUAAAGCCACUUCCUACAACAGUAGUAUCUGAGCAUAAGGACAAAGUUAUCCAGUGCAGAUGGCACACUGAAGAUCUGUCUUUCUUAUCUUCAUCCGCUGACAGGAUAACCCUCUGGACUUACAAUAACAGUUGACUAAUUGAUACCAAUGCAGACAAAGCACAAUUGUAACUUUGAGAAAGGAAAUGUUGGCAAUCACAGAUUGAUCGCUAUGUAACUGACCAGUUGAACACAUGAAAGAACACAUAAUAUGUGCUGCUGUUGAAAUUAAAUGGAACUGCUGUCUGUUUGUAUUAUGCUGUGCUUAAGUCUUCCACAUGUGAUCAUGCUGUCACUGAGGUCUGUCACCAAAUGUACACAAUGACUGAAUCAAGUGAGGCAAAUGUUCAUUUAGUAUUUAUGACACGUCUUGUUCAUUGUGCCAGUGACUAAUGUAAAAAGCUGCCUGAGUAUUAUAGAUCCAAUAUUGGUUGUACAUUUUAGUUUUACAUUGACAAACUAAUCACUUAAACCACUAAUUUGUUGCUCUAAUGUAAGAGAUGUUAAAAUUCAUCAUUUCUGAUCACAACAACAUGAAAUUUUUAUGCAGAACAUUUUGGACAUGAUUACUAUUUUAUUGGCAGUAGCAUGGCAUUCUACAUUGUGCGUGUGUUUACUUGUGUGGGUGUGCGUGCACACAAGAUAAUAGUAUAGUACAUGUCCAUGAAAACUAAUGCUUUGCGUUGCAGUUAGUAUUAAAUAAGUAAAUUUUAUUUUUCUGUUCAUAUAUGUAAUGCUUUAUUAUAUUUUCUAUUGUACAGUUUAAUAUAAAUAAUAUUGGGUUUAUUAAUAUUUAACUUAUGUAUUUGCAUUUUGUUUACAAGGAGCUAGAUAUAACUGUGCAGCAGUGUGGUGUUUUAAGUUACUGGACUAGAAUCCAGAGGCCUGGACUUAUUGAUCUAGAGACAUGAGUUUAAAUCCCACGACAGCAGCUGGGAAUUUAAAUUCAAUUGAUUUAAAUCUGGAAUAAAAAGCUUGUAUCAGUGGAAAGAGGCAUGAAACUACUGGAUUGUUGUGCAAACUAAUGUAGUCACUAAUGUCCUUCAGGGAAGGAAAUCUGCCAUUUUUACCUGGUCUGGCUAAAUACAGGAGUCCAGACCCACCAAUGUAGUUGACUCUUAAAUGCCUUCUCAAUUCACGGGCAAUUAGAGAUGAACCAUGUCUGUGAAAGAACAAAUGAAUAAAAAUCUCACAUUUUUUGUCCUAAUCCUUCUAAUUGAAAUUUAUAAUGAGAAUUAUGAAGUGUGAUAGUGCUGUGUUCUCAAUAAAUCAUUUAUUUGAUGAAGAA